AUGCAAUUCACAACCACCACACUCAUCGCCAUCCUGAGCGCCAUCGCAGCUGCAUCUCCUAUCGAAUCCCGUCAAAAUGGAACGGCGCAACAAGAACGCCUUUGCACUUCCGCUAUUGACACUGCUAUGUGCUGCCAAACCUCUCUUGCCGGUGUUAUAAACCAGACCUGCACAACUCCUGCCAUUACUCCUUUCACCAAACAAGAAUUCCGAGCAUACUGUGCCGCUCAAGGACAAGACUCUGCAUGUUGCAAAACUCCUCUCGUAGGCGAUGGAGUUAUCUGUACCCCUCCUUAG